GAAGCUUCAUCAUCUAUAUCUCUCAUUUUUUAAUCCUCACUCAUCACUGUUAGUGUACUAGUGUUCAUAUAUAGUUAAAUAUAUGGAGAGUAAUCACUCAAGCUCUCCCUCUUGGUUGUUGGAUCUUGAAAGCCAAAUCCAACAUGAAAACGCAGAAUUCAAGUCGCCAGUGCAACCAUGGAUUUUCAGGGCCCCUCCAAGCAUCCGAAAGGGCGGCGAUGAGGAAUACGAGCCAAGAGUGGUGUCUUUAGGCCCUUACCAUCAUGGCAAGCAGCACCUCAUGGCUUUUGAAGCUCACAAGUGGAGAGCCCUUGUCCACUGUGCCAGGAGAUCAAAGAAAGACGUCAACCAGUUGGUUAAAAUAGUUGAAAAAGAAGUGUCAGCACUUAUGACUUGUUAUGACAACCUUGAUGAGAAGUGGAGUAAAAUCUACUCAAGAUUUUGUGAAGCUUAUGGUGAGGAUGGAUGCUUCAUGUUGGAGAUCAUUCGUCUUGCAUUUAUUCACAAGAUAAACCGCCAUGAACCUAUUUUCAGCCAGCCGAAUAAAAAGAAUGACUACCCUUCUUAUGACCCUGUUUUCAGCCAGCAUGGUCUGGCUUACAACAUGAUCGACGUUCAAAAGGACAUGAUGCUCCUAGAAAACCAGCUUCCUCUUCUGCUUCUAAGGUUGCUCUUCUCUGUUCUGGAUUUCUCUGAUGAUAUUCGAAUAUGGGAGAGCGAAGCAACGAAAUUCAUUUACAGCAACAUGGGUUUUAAGUCAGUGCUUCGAGCUAGUCCGGCCUCCAAAGAUAUAUUUCAUCACUUAGACUACGUUUACCGGUGCAUGGAUGUCCAAUUCCCUCCAGUUCUGUUCAGACAAAAAUACAACUCAUCACCCACAAUGAGAACCACAAUUGAGCUUUCCAACGCCGGAGCAGAGCUUCAAAGGAGCCAAGACAACAUCAUCAACUUCUACAAAGGCACUCUCACAGUCCCACGUACUGUCGUUGAUGACACAACAAAGCGAAAGCUCUUCAACCUCAUCGCUUAUGAACGACUUCGCUGCACUGGCGCUGUCGUUAAUGCCUACGUGAUUUUCAUGGCCAAUCUUAUGAAGAAGCCGGAGGAUGUCACUUUGCUUUGUGCUGUGGGAAUCCUUGAGAACAACCUUGGUAGCCCUGAACAAGUUGUGGAGCUUUAUAGUGCCAUUUCUGAUGGACUUGUGGAUUCUGAAGGCCAUCUUGAAAGUAUUCAUGGUAUGAUUAAUGAGUAUUGUGACACCAAAUGGAGACGUUGCAGAGCUUAUCUUAAAAGGACAUACUUUAGAAGUCCAUGGGCUUUGUUCUCUCUUGUGUAUGCUCUUGUUCUCUUUCUCUUCACUGUUGCACAAACUUACUACGCCAUUGCUGCUUACUAUGCUCCCAAAGAAGAAUCACAUCCUAAGUGAUGUACUUUUAGUGAGUGAGAAGAAUAAAGAGAGACGUUCAUGGUGAAGAUUGAUUCAAAGUUUGUCCAAAUUAGACUUAAUCUUUGGUGUUUGUUUUAUUUGCAGAUAUUUGCUCUAAUUUCUAGUUGUGAGUCAGUAAAAUUAAGUGUGAAAAGUAGUGGUAAUGACUAAUGAUAUCUAAUGUUGGUUGAGAUUUUUUAGCCUUUCAGUGUGUUUGUA